AUGGCUCUCGCUCCCGGUCGUCGACUCGCAUACUCGCGCCCUCUCUCCACCUUUUCUCCCCCCAUCUCCUCCUCCUCCUCCUCUUCCUCCGCACUCCUCCGCUCGUCCAGCACAGCCGGUGCAGCAGCGGCGCAUGGGGGCAGGGGGGAGAGAGGCGGAGCGGGUGCGGGGGGCGUGGGAGGCGCAGGGGGCGAGGGGGAGGGGGAGGACAGGGAGGGGGAGGGGGCGGGGUAUGUGACGGUGGUGCGGUAUCCAGAGGACUGCCCGGGGGGAGUGGCCACUGCACUCUUCAACUGGCGCACAGGGGGAAUUGAGGUGCAACCGCACGAGCGGCUGGAUGUGGUGGCGCUGAUGGCGGUGGCAGUGGCACAGUCAUGGCACGACCUGCACCUCGCUGCCACCACGGCCGGCACUGCCAGCGCUGCCAGUGCGGCCAAGAAGAAGAGCCCUGGCAGCACGUCGGCUAAGCCCGCCCCUGUUAAGAUCAUUCCGUCGAAGCUGCCGCGCCGUGCUGCCUCUGUGGGCAAGGAUGACCGAUGGGGUACGUGUGGGAGGAUGGUGAUGGUGCUUUUGGAGAGGGAAUGCGCAUGA